AUGGUCCGUAUAACAUGUUUUGAGGCACAGUUCGAAGUGUUUCUCGUGAGAAGAUCAACCAACACACUCUCGAUCAAAAUGCUACCAACCACGUUUGUUUUCGUUAUUGGUUUGAUGUGUGCGUACGCGCAGGUGUACAGAUUACCAUCAAAUACAGAAAGGUAUCCCGACAACUUUUUUAGUUUGCGUAACAGUCUCGGAGGAAACUCCCGAACUUGGGAAGGAAAUGUGGGUAGAGGAAAGGUUUUCGGCACUUUGGGCAGCACCGACGGCUCUCUAUUUGGUAGAGGGGGCUAUAAACAGGACAUUUUCAACGACCACCGUGGGCGACUGGAAGGUUCCGCUUAUGGGUCCAGAGUACUUGGUCCUGCUGGUGGCAGCAGCUCAAUGGGAGGGACUUUGGACUGGUCUAACGACAACGCAAAAGUUACUGCUGAUUUGAACCGAGAGAUCGGAGGACAUACCGGUUUGACAGUUACCGGUGAAGGAAAGUGGAAACUGGACAAGAACACCAGGCUCGAAGCAGGGGGCAACUUACAGAAAACCUUUGGACACGACAAACCCGAUAUCGGUCUAGAAGCAAAAAUUGUGCACGACUUUUAA